AUGGGAUUCCUCGGAGUCUACACGGCUGUGUACGAUUAUCAGCCACAGGGAGAAGGCGAACUUGAAAUCCACGAGGGCGACCUCCUUUAUAUCUUGGAGAAGAAUGCGGAUGAUGGCUGGUGGAAGGCCAAGAAGAAGGCUGAACCAGAAGAUGAGGAUGAACCCGAAGGUUUAAUUCCCAAUAAUUAUGUUGAAGAGGGCGAACCAGAGGCAAUGGCUGAUCUAGAUCAAAAGGUGCAACCGGCGCACAAAGCUACAGCCCUCUUCGACUACACGCGACAGACCGACGAGGAGGUCUCCUUUUCGGAAGACGCCGAGCUGAUGGUGUACGACACUUCGGAUCCCGAUUGGACAUUAGUUGGAACCAACUCGGAAUAUGGAUUUGCGCCAUCAAAUUAUAUCCAAAUACUUGGUGAUGUCUCCGCUACAACAACAUCCUCUCCGUCUGUUCCAGCUGAGCCGGCGGCGCCAUCCCUUCCGCAGCGACCCACACAGGCCCCCGAAGAGCACGAGGCAUCCCCGGCCGGAUCUCCAAUUGAUAUGUCUCACAACCCCGCUGCUGCUGCGAUCGCCAGUAUAAUCCAUAAGCAACAUGCUCCUGCAGAGGCACCCAUUGAGACAACUAGAGACGAACCCCCGCUCCCCAACCUCCCUGCUCGGCCGUCAUACAACCAAGCAGAAGACCGCGAGGAUUCGCCCCCGCCUAUGCCGCGCCGACCCCCUUCAGCACAUGCGACUCCGCCCAUGCCUCAGUUUUCGCCUGAACCUACUCCGCCUUCCCGCCCUCAGCAGGCGGCCCCUGCUGCACUUAACCGCGAUGGAACACGAGUUAAAGCAUCCCCUCCUUACAACCGGGCCGGCGAGAUGACGCUACGGUCACCCUCGGGCUACCAUAUCUACAAUAUCAAUGAGAUGGUGGAGGUUAUGGGCAAGAGAAAGAAAAUGCCUACAACUUUGGGAAUCAACAUGGCUACUGGAAUCAUCUUCAUCUCUCCAGAAGGCGACGACCGGCAACAAGAGUGGAGCGCGGAAAAGCUCAGCCACUACUCAAUCGAAGGAAAGCACGUUUUUGUUGACCUUGUUAGGCCUAGCAAGAGCAUUGAUUUCCACGCGGGAGCUAAGGACACUGCUCAUGAGAUUGCCGCUGCACUUGGCGAGAUUGCAGGGGCUUACCGAGCAGGGGGACUGCGCGAGGUGCUUGAAGCGGGAGAAGGCAGCGGUCCAAAGAAGGGCCAGAUUUUGUAUGACUUCGUGGCCCAGGGUGAUGAUGAAGUGACAGUAGCUGUUGGGGAUGAAGUCAUUGUCCUUGAUGAUACCAAGUCUGAGGAAUGGUGGAUGGUGCGUCGCCUCAAGAACAAGGAGGAGGGCGUUGUUCCCAGCAGCUAUGUUGAGGUUGAAUCAUUGAUCCCGAAGCCACCGUUGAUGCCUGCGGAACCUGGCCUAUCAAGUGUGGAGAAGAACCGCAUGGAGGAAAUGCGACUGUCCAAACUUUCCAUGAGCAAGUCACGGACGGACUCGGUGGAUUCAUCUGACCGCCACAGCAAACGUGAGAGCAAAAUCAAGUCGAAGCCUGAUCCGAGUAAAGUGCGCAAGUGGACAGAUCGGACUAAGGACUUUACAGUGGAGGCACAGUUCAUUGGUCUUUCCGAUGGCAAAAUCCAGCUUCAUAAGGUGAAUGGAAUUAAGAUUGCUGUUCCUGUCUCGAAAAUGUCCGUUGAAGAUUUGGAGCAUGUUGAGAAGGUUGCAGGUGUCUCCUUGGACGAGGACAAGCCUCUUUCGAGCAUCCGACCUCGGGUUGUUGCAGACAAGAACUCCAAGGCUGGAGCCUCUAUCAACCGCGACUACGAUUGGUUUGACUUCUUCUUGAAGGCUGGUGUUGGGCCACAUCGGUGCGAGCGGUAUGCACAGUCCUUUAACAAGGACGCAAUGGAUGAAUCAAUCUUGCCUGAUAUCACACCUGAGAUCCUUCAGACUUUGGGUCUGAACCAGGGUGAUACUUUGCGCGUGAUGAAGGUUUUGGACGCCAAAUACGGACGUGCCCCCGACAAAUCUAAGGCUCGCAACGUGAGUUUCGGCGGCGAAGAAGUCAUUGGUAACGGUGAUGGCGGGCAAGGAGGUCUCUUCUCUGGCCCUGGUGGUGUGCUGCGGAACAACACCGGCCGAGGCAGACCAGCACCAAAUGUCUCAGCUGGUCAAGUUGAUCCCAAGGCAUUUGGACAGUCAGAUGAAGUGAAAUCUGCUGAUUCUCCGGCUACCCCGCCACCACCUGCUGCAGAGUCAGAAAAGCCCAUCGCGCGCGGGUUUGACGAUGAUGCUUGGGAAGUGAAGCAGCCGAAGCAACCCGCUAGGCCUUCUGUGGCAGCGACCCCAACCCCGCCGCCUACAGCAGCUCAGGUUCCGCAGGUCACAGGAGCCAUCGCCGAUUUAUCAUUGCUCCAAGCUCCUUUGCAGCCGACUCCUCAGCCCACUGCUGCUGCCCAGCCGGCCCCGCCUAUGCCUGCCCUCCAGCCCCAGGUAACUGCUAUACAAACGCCCCCACCACAGCAACCUCAGCCAACAGGUGCCAAUGCCAGUCUGUUUGCGCAAGUGGCGCAAAUAGGCCAGCAAGCCAGACAAAGACCGCAACCCCCUCAAGCAAUGGCACAAAAUUCGCUUCUGCCUCCUCCCCCGCCACGCCCGCUCUCCGCACCGCAGAACUUCUCGCAACAGCAGAACUCCUUUGGACCUCCUCCAUUGCAGACACAGCUGACUGGAGUUCCCCAAGCGGGCCCUGGGCAAUUCCAACCUCCAAUGCAGCCCCAGGCGACAGGAUACCCGAGUCAGUUCCAGAAUGGCAUGAUGAUGCCCCAACCCACAGGGUUUACUCCCCAGUCACAAUUCGGCAUCCAGCAACAGCAGCAGCCGCCAUUCGGAAAUCAUAUGCUUCCUCAACAAACUGGAUUCCAAGGCCUUGGACCGCAACCCACUGGAUAUGGGGGUUAUGCGCAGCCUCAGCAACCAAUGCAGACUGGUAUCAACUCUGUGCUUCCUCCUGCAUUGCAACCUCAACCCACUGCCAAUGGCUUCGGCAACCAGUCCUACUCAUCCCCACCCCCUGUGCCUCCAAUUCCCCAGCAACCCACAGCCACCCCUCUCUCGCCACAAAAGACAGGUCCACCCCCCUCCAUCCGAUUCGGCGUCAAGCCAGAUGGCCCUAAAAGACUUGAGCCUCAGGCGACUGGUCUCCGAGCCAACCUUUCACAAGCUACUCCCAAUAAUCCAUUUGGCUUCUGA